AUGGCAGAACUGAGUGUAAUGCAAGCAUGGCUCAUGCUUUCAGCCAUCUUGUUGGUAUUUUUAUCAGGAUUGUGCUGGUGCUUUUGCUGUGGAACUUGUGUCGGUAGAAGUAUGCUUCGUAAUACAGGUUUACUACGAUUCACUCGCGAUGGGGCUGAUAAUAGACAGUGGAGACAUCUACCGCAGAACGAUUACGAUCAAGAGGAAGAAUUAAGGCACUUGAAUACAUGGCCAGAGCUCGAAGAAGAAGAAGAGGAGGAGGAGCUGCAAGGCGGUGAUGGCAACCAACGAGGCCAUGCUUAA